CCCUCUUCCUCCGCCUACGACUACAACAUGCACGCCAGUGCCCACAGAGCUGCCCGGCAGCGCAUCUAGGCCUGGAGUUGCUUUCCUGGGCUUCGUGUCCUCCUUCCUCACCUCCGUCACCAUUUUGGCUCCAGGGGCCAAAACUUUUGGCUCGAGGAGUUUUUUGUUGCUCCUGCCUGGAGUCCACACUCCCUCCAUGACGCUUCAUAUGCUACUGCAUCGCGGAGGCAUGCGAUGCGCCGCUGUGCUUGCCGCGACGCUGCUGGGGCAGCUUGCUGUGCGACCCCACGCCAUUCAGAUGAGGGAGGAGACACGGAGGACGAUCGGCGACGCCCCCGAGUUCCCUGGCCGCGACAGCAUGUACGGCCACGCUGUUCUCAAUCUGGAUGAGCUGACGGAGGCGGAGCCCGACUUCGAAGGCAUCGCCUCCGUCUCGGCGAGGGCGGCCAGGAUUGGAAGGCGGGAGUCCAUGAUCCAGAUCGACGAUCUCGCGGCGAGGGCCGCCGCGCUCGCGGCGAGCAGCGAGGCCCUCGACGGGGACUGGGCCUCGGAGAGUGGGGGCCCAGUGGAGCGGGUCCCAGACGCGGCGAGCCCGGAGGAGAACGGCCAGGAGGAGCAGAGCUCGGAGGGCCAGAAGGACGAGGCUCUGGCGCCGGAGCCAGAAGAGUCGAGCGAGGAGGACAGGAACGAGGCCAGGCCGAGGGUGUCGGUCACCCUGUCUCCCGAAGAGCGCUUGCAGGCGCACGCCCAGAAGUACGAGGCAGAAUUCGUCGUGGAGCUGAACAUGACCGAAGCGCACGAGACUGGGACCAAGAUGGGAAUCGUUCUUAACCGGGACGCGGACUUUAUGGCCGCGACGGUGUUCAGGGUGCAGAAGACGGGCAUGAUAGAGGCGUGGAACCGGGCCAAUCCUGACAAGGCGGUACACGUGGGCGACGAGAUCGUCCGCGUCAACGACGUUCAGUGGCAUGCGAACACGGAGAUGUUUAUCAAGCGAAUCAUCGGCCAGUUCAACGCCGGGCGCCGUGAGAGGGAGGGGGCAAGCGAUGUAUUGAAGCUCUACUUCCAAAGGCCGAGGAAAUGGGAGCAUUCUAAAUUUGCUCAGCAGCGGGAAGACGCGCACAACAAGACCUACGCAGCAGAGUUCGUUGCUACGUUACCCAUGCCGGAUGACCUGUCGUCCAGCACCUUGGACAGCGUCAUGGGUUGGAAGUUGGGCAUGACCGAGGAGUGGAAGCCGAUCACGAUCCGCAGAAUCGAGCGCCAUGGCUCCGUGGCGGCGUGGAAUCACGAGCACCCGGACGAGCUGAUCUUAGAGGGUGACGAGAUCAUGAAGGUCGACAACGUCGUAUUUCAUCACAGCUCCUCGACCUUCGAGAAGACCCUCAGGCAGCACUACAGGAAGGCUAGUGCGGUCGAGGCCACCAAGAGGUCGGCGCUCGUCUCCAUUCGAAGACCGCGAGAGGUCCAGGAUCGGACGGGGAUGCCUUUGACGCCGUGCACCCCGUGCAGGACAUCGUGGCGUGGCAGAGGCCUCAGCACCUGGUCACGCUGGAGUUCGACCAGGUUGGCAAUCCCACCUCGCUCCUGGGAUGGCAGAUCGUCCACGGCAGAGAGACCGACAGCGGUGAAAGCGGGCCCAUGAAGAUCAAAAAGGUCAAGCCCAAGGGCAUCGUGUCCGAGUGGAACGAGAGGCACCGGGAUCGCUCGAUCGCCCCCGGCGACGAGAUCGUGGAGGUGAACGGCAUCUCCUGGGAGUUGUACGAGACCGCCCAUGAGUUUGCCGACUUGGUCCAAAGCGUGCUGGAGUCUGCCGCCAGCAAGGGGCCUGGGGGCGAGCCUGUCGAGCUCACCUUGCAGAGGUCAACCAAGUAUGUGAGGCACGUCCGCAAGAACAUGGAGCACGGGGUGCAUAUGAGGGUUACGGCAGUCACAACAAGUGAGGGGCCUCAGUUUCAUGGUUACCCGAACGCCACCGAUGAUGAUGAUGACGAUGUCACUGGUGCCGAGGACGACUCGGAUGGCGUGCUGCUGGACGGGUCGAAGGCCGAAGAGAAGGCAGUCACGACAAGCGUGGGGGUACAACUUUACGGCUACCCGAACGCCACCCAUGAUGAUAGUGAAACGAUCGGUGCUGAGAACGACUCGGACAGCCUGCUGCUGAAUGCGCCGCAGGAUGAAGAAAGUGCAGCCACGACAACCGACGAUGAUGCUGCCCCUGGGUCCGAGGACGAGUCCGUCAGGCUGCCAAAAAGAGUUCUGUUGCUGGACACGGUAAAGGAUGCGCCGACGGUUGAACAGAGACUGGACACGCAGGACGAUGCUCCGAAUGCUAAAACGGUUCUGCUGCUGGACACGAUGAAGGAUGCGCCCGCGGUCGAACAGAGUCUGGACACGCAGGAGGAUGCGCAGCAGGCCGAACCGAGACGAAAAGUGUUGAGCCUGUUGGACACGCUGGAGAAGUCCUGAGAAGUGCCAGGCGCACUGCCCAAGGUCUCGAGUUUGCUCUCGUGCGUAUCCUUUUGCUUCACAUCAGACUGUACGACCGUCUCCUCCUCCCUCGCCUCUUGCGCUGAGUGCCAGCCGCGGCCAUGGGGGACCCACUGGCCCUCAGGGGGUUGCCCUGAGCUUUGGCUCCAUCCUGGCGGCCACCUGCACAGCACUGCACAGGGCGGGCUCAGCCCGCACCUGCCUCUCGCAGGAAACCGCACUGCUGCGGGGCUGCCGCGCCGCUGCUCCGUGCAGCGCCACGAGCAGCUCUGCGCCACAGGCGCUGGCAGAGGGCACUGCUGACCGCCUCGGCCCCGUCUUCGUCCGCCAGCUGCGCCUCGCGCCCCUCUUUUUGUCUCCGCGGGUUGCGCCGCAGGCGCUAACCGUAUGAGGUCGAAGGAGCGAAAGCGUUCAGCCGAGGGCGCACCAGCGUCGCUGAAAGCGGG